UCAUUUGGUUUCAUUAGCUCAUAAAGUCUGAGCAUUUGACUACCCCUUCAUCGCAAUCCUGAAUUCCUUGCAGAAAAAAAUGUUCAAUUCCCAAAAUUUCUUCCUUUUUCUCAUCUUCCCACUUACCCUUUUGAUCCCUUCUGCCCUAGGGGAUCUUUCACAAUCUGGGUUCAAUGCUUCCCUCCCGUAUCUAUGGCCAAUGCCGUCGGAUUUCACUUUCGGAAACUCCACGCUCUCAGUUGACCCUCAGCUCUCGCUCGUCGCUGCUGGCAACGCCGGCAAUUCUGAGAUUCUUAAAGCGGCGUUUGAUCGAUACAGGGGAAUCAUAUUCAAGCACGCUUCUGGGGUUUCCAUGCUUGACAAGCUUUGGGGAAGACGGAGAACAUUUGUUUAUGAUAUAAGUGAAUUGAAAAUUGAUGUUCAAUCGGAUUCUGAGGAACUUCAUCUUGGUGUGGAUGAGAGCUAUACAUUGUUAGUAUCGAAGAAGGAUGCUCAUUCGAUUAUUGGGGAAGCUACAAUCGAGGCAGCUACUAUUUAUGGUGCAUUGAGAGGGUUGGAGACAUUCAGUCAACUUUGUACUUUCAACUAUGAGACUAAGGAUGUACAAAUAUAUCAAGCUCCAUGGUACAUCAAAGACAAUCCAAGAUUCACAUUUCGUGGACUUCUCAUAGAUACUUCAAGGCACUUUCUACCGGUAGAUGUAAUAAAGAGUAUCAUUGAAUCGAUGUCUUAUGCUAAACUUAAUGUCCUUCAUUGGCACAUAGUAGAUGAGGAAUCAUUUCCUUUAGAAGUACCUUCAUAUCCAAAUCUGUGGAGAGGAGCAUAUACAAAACAUGAGCGUUAUACCAUUGAGGAUGCAUAUGAAAUUGUCGCCUUUGCCAAAAUGCGGGGCAUCAAUGUUAUGGCAGAGGUGGAUGUCCCAGGACAUGCUGAAUCUUGGGGGAUUGGAUAUCCAGAUCUAUGGCCUUCUCCUUCAUGUAAAGAACCACUUGAUGUUACAAAAAAUUUCACUUUUGAUUUGAUUUCCGGUAUAUUGACAGAUUUGAGAAAAAUUUUCCCAUUCGAGCUCUUCCACUUGGGUGGUGAUGAAGUAAAUACUGAUUGCUGGGAGACUGUUCCACACGUGAAACAGUGGCUUUUGGAUCAGAACAUGACUACUAAAGAUGCAUACGAAUAUUUUGUGCUUAGAGCUCAAGAAAUUGCAAUUUCUAAAAAUUGGACCCCUGUAAAUUGGGAAGAAACUUUCAUUAACUUUGAAAAAGGUCUGAAUCCUAGGACGAUAGUGCAUAAUUGGUUGCGUGGUGGGAUUUGUCCGAAGGCUGUUGCCGAUGGUUUUAGAUGCAUCUUUAGCGAUCAAGGUGUUUGGUAUCUUGACCAUUUAGAUGUGCCGUGGGAUCGUGCAUAUCAUGCUGAUCCCCUUGAAGGAAUAUCAGAUCCUUCUCAGCAAAAGCUUAUCAUUGGAGGAGAAGUUUGCAUGUGGGGUGAGACUGCCGACGCAUCAAAUGUGCUGCAAACAAUAUGGCCUCGAGCUGCUACAGCUGCAGAGAGACUAUGGAGUAAGAAUGAGACAGUCUCAGGAAAUAUCACCUUGUCGGUACUACCGCGCUUGAGUUACUUCAGGUGCCUCCUAAACAGGCGUGGGAUCGAGGCUGCUCCAGUCAAGAACUUCUAUGCUCGAAGACCUCCCACUGGUCCAGGGUCAUGUUAUGACCAAUAAAAAUUCAUGUUAUGAAACUUGUUGUUGGUUUUAACUUUGUGCAUCCAAUAUAACUACUUGCCUGCAAUAAAAUUUGUGCCAUUGCAGAUCUCAUCUUUUCCUGUCAUCCAUCCUUGUUUGACAUUUACUGAUCUGUUCGAUUGGUAUGCUCGACAGACUUGAGCAUUUUCAUGUA